CUUAGCGUCGUGUCAACUGGGGGCUCGAAAGCGUUAUUACUCUCGGUUAGUGGUGGACUCCAGCCGGACGUAUGGUUCAGGGUAUUUAAUAUCUCAGAAGUAUUUAAUAUCCGGACUGGCGGGUAAGCCAUCCACGAGCUACGAAGCGCCUCAAGUAGACCUCUCAUUAUUUGUAACCAAUUAUUACAAAGGACGGCAGUAUUGCAGACCCCUUUCGACUUCUUCUACUGCAACUACCUACCUCCUUGCCCAUCCUUGAUAGUGGUUACCAGACUUCUUCAACAACGUCAAGAUGAUGAGGCAAAAGCAUACACAUAGCUCGAAGAAUAGAAAGCUACAUAAUCAUACCGAAUCGGUAGAUUAUCACAUAUCAACGGCUACAACGUCUUCAGAAUAUGCGGGUUUUGUUGAUCCUAUAUUAGACGGCUCAGCUAUCUUCGAUGAGCUAUCUCAGAAAAGUCUCUUUUGGCUCGACGAUACCGACACUACCCGGAAUCGCAUAAAUGGAGACGAAGUGCCAAUGGCAUCAAUACAACAUAUAUCAGGCAACAUAACGUCAACAGACCCAUAUCCAAAUGCCCUAGAUAAGUUGAGUACCGGCAUGACAGAUUUCCUAGGGAACCCGAGCAGCGAAGACCGGUCAAUGGAUCGGAGUGGGAAGCAUCGCUGUUGGGACCAUGGUUGCAAUGGGCGUGAAUUCUCAUCCAAAAGCAACUUCGUGAGACAUGUAAAGGAGAGGUCGGGCGCCAGUACCAAGGGUGUGUGUCCCCUUUGCGGGGCGAUUUUCACCCGCAACUCAGCGCGAGAUACGCAUCUAGCCAAACAGAGCUGCAACAGGAUCCGUCGGUAUUCCAAUGGUCGACCGCGCCCCAGCCGGCUCGCUGUGUUGGGAAACCCCCGCCUAGCGGCUGCAGCAGUGGCGGCCACACAAGAUAUUCAUUGGCAGGCAGUCGACUGGGGCGCAGGGCCUAUGGAUGAUGCAAGCCAGGGAUUAGCCCCUCCGAAUUGAUAUCUGGUGCCUGAUACAUGAGGGAUUAGACUCGCAGAUUGCUGUAUUGUAUUGGUAGUUAGACUGGAACACCCCCCAAAGACAUGAUGGAUUGAUUUUUGAGUGAGUUGUAGGACACAAACCGGUUAUACCCCUGUUAUUUGAAGAUC